UUUGCAUCCAGAUGGGCCUGUGUAAACUGUUUUCUUAAAAGAAAAUCAUCGUUUUUAGUUUCUAGUUUAUCAAUAAACGGGUUAAUAUCUGAAUAUAAUAUAUCCGACGACCUUAAACGCAUCACCCAGUAACGUUUGUGGGUCCUCCACCAACAUGUCGCCGUCGGAGUUUGUACCCAAACUUUAGCGGUUACUUUUGCAGCUUUGUGCACUUUUAGCUUGUGACAUUUGAACAAAUAUGUCGUGUAAGCGAAGCGCAGACAUAGUCGCAGCUAUGCAGAGGGUUCUAAUCAGUAAGUGUGUGAUUUUAGUAGUUUUAUUUGCACCAAACCUGCCGGCGUCUGAGUGCGAGCGAAUCAGUCCGGAGAGAUGUCUCGUUUGGGGUCCAGGGCUGAGUGCCGACGCAGUUUUACCCGUCCGUUACUUCUUCAUUCAGGCGGUCAGCUCUGAGGGACGAAACCUGACUUUGUCACCAGGGAAAGAGACGUUCAAGGUGAAGAUAAGUCCCCUAAACAAGGAGGAGUACAUCCGUGUCCACACCCCGCCACCACUGGACAGAGGGGACGGGUCCUUUCUGAUGAGGUACCGCCUUUAUGGAUCUGCAGUCACAGGCCUGAAGGUGGAGAUCCUCCACCAAGAUGUCGCUGUGGCCAAGUCGCCCUACAUCAUCCAGGGCCCCGUCUAUCAUGAAUACUGCGACUGCCCAGAAUCUGACGCUUCCGUGUGGCAGCGUGUGCUGCAGUGCCCUGCCAACGAACCUCAGAUCCUGGCCGACUUCACGUCCUUUCCCACCAUCGACCUGCAGCAUCUCAGACGCGAAGUGCCGCUCAGGUUCUCCAACAGAGGAGGCCUCAUCCAUUACGCCAUCGUUGACAACAAGGUGUACCGGCGCACGCUCGGAAAGUACACCGACUUCAAGAUGUUCUCUGACGAAAUGCUGCUGUCACUAACCAGAAAGGUGAGAGUGCCCGACGUGGAGUUUUUCAUCAAUGUGGGCGACUGGCCUUUGGAGACGAGGACGGAGGGAGCUCUUCCCAUCCUCUCCUGGUGCGGCUCGACCGAUACGCGGGACAUCGUCCUUCCCACCUACGAGGUGACGCACUCCACCCUGGAGACCAUGAGAGGCGUCACUAAUGACCUUUUGUCUGUCCAGGGCAACACAGGUCCGCCGUGGGCUAAUAAAACCGAGCGGGCUUUUUUCCGUGGCCGGGACAGCCGGGAGGAGCGCCUCCAGCUGGUCUCUCUGUCCCAGAAAUCCCCGGAGCUGCUGGAUGCCGGCAUCACUGGGUGGUUCUUCUUUAGGGACCGGGAGAAGCAGGUGGGCAAAGCACCACUUGUGGGAUUCUUUGACUUCUUCAAGUAUAAAUACCAGGUAAACGUGGACGGGACUGUGGCGGCGUAUCGGUUUCCCUACCUGAUGCUGGGGAACAGUCUGGUUCUGAAACAGGACUCGCAGUACUACGAGCACUUCUACAGACACCUGAAGGCGGGCUCUCACUACGUCUCCGUGAGGAGAAACCUGACGGACCUGUUGGAGAAGAUCCAGUGGGCCAGAGACAACGACGCUGAAGCGGCGGCGAUCGCCCGGGCGGGCCAGGCGGAGGCCAGAGAGCUGCUGCAGCCCAGCCGGCUGUACUGCUACUACCACAGCGUGCUGCGAACGUACGCCGAGCACCAGGCCGGGCGGCCCACGCCGCACGCCGACAUGGAGCCGGUGCCUCAGCCGGACGAUCACACGGCCGCGUGUUUGUGUCGGCGCGCGAGCCCCGAAAAAGGAUCCAGUAAGAAUGAGGAAUUGUGACCACUCAACUGGGCUUAACUAUAACUACUCAAGUAGUUAUUUUGUGAAAAAUCAUUCCUGGCACAAAGGAGGAAGCUGAGGAAUGUUACUGAUGUUUAUAAGAAACUUUAAAUUCUUUAUUUUUCAUACUUUUAUAAAAGAAUGUCAGUUUUUGUUUUAAUGUUAGCGGCUACAGGAAGUUUUAUAUGUGAAUGAUAGAACGUUAGCUAAAAAUGUAACUUUUCCUCUAUGUUGAAAUAUAUAUUAUGAUUAUAUAUUAUACUUGAAACACAUCUGAGCAAAAAACAAAUUAUACCUUCGGGUAGAUUUGAUUUAAAGUAAUCUUUACCAACAUAAUUCUUCUACAUAAAGUAAUAUUAAGGUUUUUGUAGCAGCCCACCAGAAUCAAGACUUGAAUUUGUUGGAGAAUCUGUAGAAGGAGCUAAAUAUUAGGGUGACUUUCACCUUCAAAGGCUGAGCUCAUCGCCAAAGUAUCAGUGGAAACACGCAAGGAGCUGGUCAGCAAUUAGAAGAAGGCUUUUAUUGCUGUAAUGCCAGUAAAAAAAAAAAA